AAGCAAGCUGCAUUCACGACAUUUGAUUCAGCGUACGGUGAUUACGUACUAUUCACGUGAUUAUUGAUUAUUAUCCCUUGAAAGGGUUAACAGAAGUACUCACAGAUGGUAGCGGUUCGAUCUUACUGAGCAAGCGCAAAUUCGCAAUGGUUUGAUCUAAUCACGAGAGACGACUCAGUUAAAAGAUAAUUUUCGCUCCGUGAACUGCAAUGAACGCCAACAAAGAUUUAAAUUACGCCUUUGCGCUGAGUCGCCAAUGUUUACGGAUAUUAGGCGUAUGGCCCGAUCCACUUGUGUCUUUGAGUGAAUUUCAGCGCCCAAACAUAAGAUUCAUAGUCGUUACGUGUAUCCUAUGCCUUUACCUGAUCGUGCCGCAAAUGACAAAUAUGAUUCUUGCAUGGGGUGAUGUGUCUAGGAUGGUGGAAUACCUUGCCUCCGUGAACAUUGGCUUAAUGGCACUAUGCAAAUUAUUCGGUACUUGGUAUCAUGGUGAAGCACUACGAACGCUGAUGGCAUCGGUCAUGACUGAUUGGAUGACUUUGAAGAACAACCAGGAACGAAAUACAAUGCUAAAUAUAGCAAGACAUGGCAGAACGUUAUCUUUCAAAUGUUAUAUGAGCUUUGCAUGCCUAAUCUUAUUUUACAUAUUUUUCAACCUUUUAAAAUUUAUUCGAAAUAUAUCCCAAACUCAACGAAGUCUCGUAUAUCGAUUUAACUACCCUUACAACAUUCAAAAAAGUCCAAACUAUGAAAUUACUUUUUUCACUCAACUUUCCAGUGGCGUGACCUCGGCUUUCAUAAACUGUACCGUCGACAGUUAUAUCUCCAUACUUUUGCUGCACAUAUGCGCGCAACUGAUAAAUCUACGAACAUCAUUAAAUAAUUUGGUCAACGAAUUAGCCAAAGGAUUUAUAUCCUCUUCAAGAUUUAAGAAAGGAUUAGCUGAAAUUACUAUACGUCAUGAACAUCUUAUCAGGAACGCAAAGACAAUCAACGAAUGUUAUAGCAUAGUAUUAUUUGUGCAUAUGUUAGCCGCUACCUUUCAGUUGUGUUUUGAAAGCUUUCAAGUUUUCCUGAUAAUAACAAGCCAUAGGGAUGUAUCUAUUAUCAAACUAGCUUAUCUAUCGUUUUACUUUAUCUUUAUAUUGACGCAUUUAUAUAUUUACUGUUAUUCAGCUGAAAGGCUUUUAACAGAGAGCGCUAAUAUGGCAUACGGCGUUUAUGAUUGCAAGUGGUACGAAAUAUCAGCGAAAGACGCGAAGAAUUUAAUGUUUAUAAUAUAUCAAUCUACGGUUCCGCUUAGACUGAUGGCUGGAAAAUUUGGAACUUUUUCGUUAGAAAUGUUCGGAACAACCGUAAAAACGUCAAUGGGAUACUUAUCUGUACUGCUGACAUUGCUGGAUUAAAGAGAAAAAUUUUUGGAAUUAAACUAAAUACUAAAUUAAAUGCGCGUAUUUGUUUGCUAUUUAUAUUCCAUAUACUGUGUUAAUAGUUUUACAUGUAAUAUCAGUAAUAAAACUUUUUCUAGAUAAAUA